GACUUAGGAGAGAGAGAUAUAGAGAGAGAGGCGCCAAUAAAUAAAGAGUGCUCUGAGCUUUAACAAUUUCACCUUCAAAUUUCCCUCCACCCCUCUCUCUCUCUCUUUUUCUCUCUCCUACCACCCAAUGGGGGUGAGGAGCUCUGUGCUCGUUCUUCUUUCAGUGCUGGCCUUUGCCGAGCUUGCACACUGUGCUGUUACUUACGAUCACAGGUCUCUCGUCAUUAAUGGAAACAGGAGGAUUCUCAUCUCUGGUUCCAUACAUUACCCGAGAAGCACGCCCGAGAUGUGGCCAGAUCUCAUACAGAAGGCCAAAGAUGGAGGACUCGAUGUAAUUCAGACAUACGUUUUCUGGAACGUUCACGAGCCUUCUCCUGGCAAUUAUGAUUUUUCGGGGAGGUAUGACCUGGUUCGCUUCGUGAAGACAGCGCAGAAGGUUGGGCUCUAUGUUCACCUGAGAAUCGGUCCUUAUGCCUGUGCAGAAUGGAACUUUGGAGGGUUUCCAGUUUGGCUGAAAUAUGUCCCGGGUAUCAGCUUUAGAACUGAUAAUGAGCCUUUCAAGAUCGCAAUGCAGGGCUUCACCCAAAAGAUUGUGGAGCUGAUGAAGAGCGAGAAUCUCUAUGAAUCUCAAGGGGGACCCAUCAUACUAUCCCAGAUAGAGAACGAGUAUGGGCCAGAGAGCAAGGCAUUUGGGCCUCCUGGUCAUGCUUACAUGACUUGGGCUGCUAACAUGGCUGUUCAAACUGGCACUGGUGUCCCUUGGGUCAUGUGCAAAGAAGAUGACGCCCCUGAUCCAGUGAUAAAUACAUGCAAUGGUUUCUACUGUGAUUCCUUUGUUCCCAACAAACCUUACAAACCUACAAUGUGGACUGAGGCUUGGAGUGGCUGGUUCACUGAGUUUGGAGGUUCAGUCCCCGAGCGUCCCGUCCAAGAUUUGGCAUAUUCUGUUGCACGCUUUGUACAGAAAGGUGGAUCUUUUGUUAAUUACUACAUGUACCAUGGUGGAACCAAUUUUGGACGCACAGCUGGUGGGCCUUUUAUUACAACCAGUUAUGACUAUGAUGCUCCCAUUGAUGAGUAUGGUUUGCUAAGGCAACCCAAAUGGGGCCACCUAAAAGAGCUGCAUAGGGCCAUUAAGCUUUGUGAGCCGGCUUUGAUCUCUGCCGAUCCCAUUGUGACAACUCUAGGAAGCCUGCAACAGUCUUCUGUUUUCUCCUCAGAUUCAGGAGGAUGUGCUGCUUUCCUUGCAAAUUUCGAUUCUAGAUCCACCGCAAGAGUUAUGUUUAAUAACGUGCACUAUAAUCUGCCUCCUUGGUCAAUCAGUAUUCUUCCAGACUGCAGAAAUGUUGUUUUCAACACAGCUAAGAUUGGGGUUCAAACAUCACAGAUGGAAAUGAAAGUUAGUGACAGUGAAACGUUUUCUUGGGACAUGUAUGAUGAAGAUGUUGCUGCCUUCUCUGAUGAUACAAUUACUGCUGUUGGUCUGCUGGAACAGUUGAAUGUCACCAGGGACACCACAGACUAUCUCUGGUACAUGACAAGUGUUGAAAUAAGCCCGUCUGAAUCGUUUUUACAAAAUGGCCAAUUUCCUGUUCUCUCUGUUCAGUCCGCUGGCCAUGCUCUGCAUGUUUUCAUCAAUGGGCAACUGUCUGGGAGUGCUUAUGGAAGUAGAGAGAACCAAAAAUUCACAUACAGUGGUGGAAUCAACCUAAGGGCGGGUACUAACAAAAUCUCUCUUUUGAGCAUGGCUGUUGGGUUGCCGAAUAAUGGGCCACAUUUUGAGACGUGGAAUACUGGAGUCCUUGGUCCUGUUACGAUAAAGGGCCUUGAUGAAGGGAGAAGGGACAUCACCUGGCAGAAAUGGUCUUAUCAGGUUGGUCUAAAAGGAGAAUCUAUGGGUCUUCACUCAAUCAAUGGAAUUUCUUCUGUGGAGUGGAUUAAGGCUUCAUUGGUUGCUCAAAAGCAGCAGCAAACUUUGACAUGGUACAAGGCAUAUUUUGAUGCACCGGCUGGAGAUGAUCCAUUGGCAUUGGACAUGGGUACCAUGCAUAAGGGUCAAGUAUGGGUAAAUGGCCAAAGCAUUGGAAGAUAUUGGCCCGCAUAUCUUGCACAGGGGCAGUGUGGUGCGUGUGAUUACACUGGAACAUACCGCCCGAACAAAUGUCAAACUGGUUGUGGCCAUCCAACUCAACGUUGGUAUCAUGUCCCACGUUCUUGGCUACAGCCAACUGGUAAUCUUCUCAUAGUUUUUGAGGAGAUUGGUGGAGAUGUAUCAGGGAUAUCAUUGGGAAGGCGCUCUGUUGAAAGUGUGUGUGCUGAUGUCUCAGAGUUUCAUCCGGUAGUUAAAAAUUGGCACAUUGAAUCCUAUGGUCGAGCUCAGCCAGUCAUCAAACCCAAAGUUCAUCUACAUUGUUCCCCUGGGCAAUCAAUCUCAGCCAUUAAAUUUGCGAGCUUUGGUACCCCAUUAGGAACUUGUGGUAGCUUCCAACAAGGAGCUUGCCACUCUCCGAACUCACAUGACGUCUUACAAAAGAAAUGUAUAGGCCGACAACGAUGCUCAGUUACGAUAUCGACUAACAUAUUUGGAGACCCAUGUCCCAACAUCAUGAAACGAGUUGCUGUCGAAGCUGUGUGCAGUGCAGGUGGACCCAACUUGUAAAAGAAGGGUAACAAACCUGAAUUCUAUCGUUAAUUAAUUAUCUUUCUUGUUCUUAUUGAUUCGAUUGUACACCUUGUUCAGAAUAAGCAAAUGAGUGCUUAGAAAUGAUUUAGAGUACAGAAUUGGAGAUGGAGUAGGUGACCACCGGGUGUUGAGUAAUGAAGAGUUUGACAGAGAGCUGGAGAUUCAAGGGUGGGUUACUGUGUAUUUGAAUUGUAAUGGCGUUUAGUUUGUGUCGUGUAAGAGGCUCUUGGAUUCUAGUUUUUGGAUCCGAUGUAGCCUGAGAACCCAAUUCAAAGGGAAGAAAAAAAAGGAAUAUGGGAAUCUCUCACAAAGUGAGUGUUUCUGUUGUUGUCUUUGUGUUAUAGUUUGUGCAUAUAAAAAAGUAAUGGUGGAUGAUGUUGUGCUGCUUGUGAAGCCCAUGUGAGAAAAUGUCGGUGGUAGGGACAUUUUAGUUUGUUGUUGCCUGCUGUUAGAGAGAGAAAUUGGUUCCCACAUUAUGUAUGGCACAUUGCUCUGUCAUUAAAAGUGAAAAAGUGUGGGAAAGUGAAGGUUUCUUCCAAUUCACAGGGCUAUUAGUAGGCCCCAUAUCUUAAUGCUCUGUUCAA